AUGACUUCCCAAGCUACUCUAGCUGGAGCACAAGAUAUCUGUGAAAUAGAUGACCGCAGCUUCCACACGCACUUACAGCGUGCAGCUGAUGACCCCACCGGGGUACCUGAUUUUCUGCCCGAAGAGGCCGGCGAUAGCUUCACUCCUUUCAAUGUAGGAAAUCGUGACUUUUACAUUAAUAUGCGACCGCCAACACCACUCCAAUUAUCCCAGCUUUUCGUACCUAUUUCCCUUAUCCAGAGCUGGAUUAAAUACAUUAACGCCUGGGUCACUCAUCUCAUCGAAAACGGCGUUAUUGACAACUGGAAUACACCCCUAAAGCCCUGGUCAAGGAUACUCAAAUGGGAGGGCAUCUUCACCGCAACAACACUAGGGGCUCAAGUCCCUUUGCACCCUAUCACCAAAUUUAUGCCGUUAAAUAAGUUCCUUCUUAUUACACGCUUCAUCCGCACUUUCGACCACACACAGCUCGAUGUGAGCGAUGAGAUGGAUCUUCCGAAGAUUUGGGUCGUUGCUCAACACGGCUCCUUUAUGCGUUGGCUUUGGCAUGUGAAAGCAACACCGUACAAAGCAGUUAUCGUCAAGCUGCCCCCACCGCACGAGCCAAAGGGGAAGCAGGGAAAGCUGGAGACUACGGUUGCCCUGAGUAAUACACAGAGUGUCUUUAUUCACCUAUGUAAUAUGCUGCCAAAGAUGACAUAUCACGUCUUCACAGAUAACCUCUUCUCCUCGCCAAAUCUCUUCCGUGCCCUUCGUGAAGCCGGCUGCGGAGCCACAGGCACAGCGCGCCCUAACUACGGCGUCAGCAAGGAGCUGAAAGAUGCCAAAGAGGGAAAAAAGGCAGGCAAAGGCCCUGCCCUUCAGUACAACGAGGUGCGUGCUAUCCCUACAAAGGAUAAGAAGGUCAUUCAAAUCGGCUGGAAAGAUAGCGGCAUUUAG